AUGAAGAAGAAAGACGGUGGCAUAAAGUUGUGUGUUGACUAUCGACAACUGAAUAAGGUUACUGUUAAGAAAAAUUAUCCUUUUCUAAGAAUUGACGAUAUGACGGAUCAGUUGAUUGGUGCUUGCGUGUUCAGUAAGAUUGGUUUGCAGUCGGAUCAGUUUGGAGUUGUGCUCAUUGAUGAUAUUUUUAUAUAUUCCAAGUCUGAUGAAGAGCAUGCAGAGAAUCUGAGAGUUGUGUUGCAGACUUUGAAGGAGAAUAAGUUGUAUGUGAAGUUGUCCAAGUGUGAGUUCUUGUUGCGAGAAGUGAAUUUUAUUUGGCUUGUGAUUUCUAGUGGUGGUAUUGUUGUUGAUUCGUUGAAGGUUAAUGUUGUGUUACAGUGGGAUACUCUAAAGUCUGUUACUAAGAUUAGAAUUUUUAUGGGUUUGGAUUGUCAUUACAGAAGUUUUAUUGAAGGCUUUUCAAAUUUAGUAUUACCUUUAACUCAGUUAACUAGAAAGGGUCAAGCUUAUGCUUGGGAUGUGCAGUGUGAAGAGAGUUUUCAAGAACUCAAGAAGAAGUUGACGCUUUCUUCAGUUUUUUGUAUGGACAAAUUAGUGCAAGGUUUGGACAUAUGUGCUGCAGGUUUUUUGUAUGGACAAAUUAGUGCAAGGGACAGCAAGGAAGUGGAGCAGCAACAAGGUUGGUGA